AUGGGUAAAGAUAGAAUCCAUAACGGCUACGGUAGCGAGCCUGGGUCUCCAAAUGGCCAUCACCCUCUCCGCGAACACAAGCAGGCAACAAGACAAAGCUCAACUGAACUCUUUGACUUGGCUUCCAAGGUGAUGUUAAUAGGGGACAGUGGUGUCGGAAAAACAUGUCUUCUUGUUCGAUUUAAAGAUGGUGCCUUUCUCUCGGGCAGUUUUAUUUCCACUGUUGGUAUAGACUUUAGGAAUAAAGUUGUUGAUGUUGAUGGUACUAAGGUAAAACUACAGAUUUGGGACACAGCAGGACAGGAAAGGUUCAGAAGUGUAACACAUGCAUAUUACAGAGAUGCCCAUGCCCUACUGCUCCUCUAUGAUGUCACCAACAAGGCCAGCUUUGAUAAUAUAAGGGCAUGGCUGGGUGAAAUUAAUGAGUAUGCACAGGAAGAUGUUGUAAUAAUGUUAUUAGGUAAUAAGUCUGAUUCUGCUGCUGACAGGGUAAUACGAACAGAAGAUGGAGAGAAACUAGCAAAGGAAUAUGGUGUUGCCUUCAUGGAAACUAGUGCCAAGACUGGGAUGAAUGUAGAUCUAGCUUUCAUGGCAGUUGCUAGAGAUUUAAAAAUGAAAAAGACUCGAAAACCAACCGAGCCAAAAUUUAAUGUGGCAGACUAUGUGAACCAGGAGAAAAAGACAGGGGGUUGCUGUAGCUAG